AUUACAACGCAUCUAUUUGCUUGGCAAUCAAUUUUUGCCCCACGGGCAGCUUCAUCUUCUUCACUGCCCUAGAUCCCGCAUGCUCUUUCCUGUAAUAUGGUAAUGGUAGCGACGAGCCUUCAAAGGAAAAUCAGCAUGACUCCGGUACCCGUCUAUUUACACACUUGGUAAACUAGGGUAGUCGAGUCCCUGGCCUGUCCAUCAAUGCAGCCAUACCUUGUCGAAGAUCAGUAUGCUGAUCCCGCUGUCGCCGGCCCCACGGACGCCUGGGCCGCCUUCCUCGCCGCCAGGUUCUCCAAGAGAAAGGAACUGUACGAGAGGCUCGGAAGUCAUGAGCAGGAGAUUGUGAGGAAGGAGCUCCGCCGCAUCCGGUACCUGAGGGAGUACUUCGAGGGGCACCGGCUGUCGCCGUUCGAUAGCUCGCCCCUGCUUGUUUCGCUAGGGAAAGCUCAUGCCUCGUGGAGAGAACGGGCGAGCAGUCGGUGCAAGGAGGAGCUACACCGCUGCGAAGUCGCAAUCGCCAGGGCCAGUGGCCACCGAAGACAGGAGCUGAAUCGGCAACGCUUGAUCCUCAAGCAGGUGCAGCAGUGGCCGACCCAGCAGUACGCAUAUCUCCAGCAGUCAGUUGUCCCAGCGAGCUACAUUGCGGGACUCGAUGCUACCGAUGACGGUGUUGACGACAACCCGGCCGAGUCGAAUUACGGGUACAAUGGUUGGGUGAUUGCGUUCAAGAAGGACCAGGGCGGCGUGACGCUGGAUCAUCCCCUCUGCCAUGGCAAGUUCCCGCAUCAGAAGAUCUCGAUGCAACGCUUGCUCUACGACAAGGAGCGCACGCCAUUGAAGCGUUUGCCAGACCAGACACAGUUGCGCUACUUCCACGUGCAGGCGAACAACAUGAAGUGGGUCGAGGACGCGAUUGCCCGAUAUUAUGGGGAGGACGACUCCCCUCUAGACUCCCACCAUCGGGGCCCUUUCCAUCGCAAUGCGCAACAGCCAAUGGCGUCCAAGCCGCAGACCAACACCGAGAAGCUCCUGAAACGGGAGCUCUGGCACGGGCAGGACAGAGGAGGCGGCAAUGUCUUCCCACAUUCCCGCCAGAUCCGACCUCGCUGCGCUAUCGUGCCGUCACCACCGUGGAACACAGCGCCCAACGCCGAUACGACGACUGCCACGUCUGUGCAAGAUGAGGGAUCAAAGUACUUCCACUCCUCCUCCGAGCCUCAAAACAUAGUUCUGUUUAUGCCAUACCUCCACUGGGAGAUCGAGAAGCGCCUGGUGAGGAUGACAAACGUGAUCCGGAAGACACGACAUAUGAACGAGCUGGAAACUGCUUUUGAGCGUCUCAACAAACGCAAGGGCACGUGGGGAAGCGUGGUCGACCGGGCCAAGGCGGUCGCGGAGCGCAUCGACAGCACUGUCUCGGAAUUCGGCGGAUGGAACGAUGAGUCCUCGACUUGGAGGCCACGCUCCCCCCUGGGGACUUAUCUCUGGCUGGCUGCCAAGCUGUUCCAGCUCAUCGACGAGGCAGCCGACUGGCGGCUGAUCAGCGAGCACCUUUGCACGCAAUCGCCGCUUCAUCCCAGACGCACGCUGGAGCAGUACUUCUAUUGGACCGCUGAGGAUACGGUCCACCGGGACCGCCAGCAAGUCGUCUAUCGCGCAACAAGGAUGAGAAACGAUCCUGACGCGGUUCCGAGAGUGGUCAUGGUCGACCAGCUCUGGCUGUGGAUACUAGACGAGAACACCAUCCUCACGGCCUUUCCCCGGAGAUGGGGACGAAAUAAGCCGGAUCCCUCUGCUGUCCAUCGCGCGAUUCGAGAUCAUCUAGGGGCUGUAGACAGUAGUCAGAUAACGUCGGUCUAUGACUUGGCACUGGUCAUCAUCGACGAAUGCUCCAAGGUGUUCUUUGACAGGACCAAACCGGAUCUCCGUCCAGAGCUGGUCGACAUGUUUGGCUCCGCCAUCUCGAACAUUUCCGAGAAGAAGACGCAGGCCUAUGAGCGAUUCGGACGCGAUAUUAAGAGGAUGAACGCUCAGGACCCGCUCCAGACCUCUGAGGAACUCCUUCGCAAGUCGCUCAACGUCAAGUUUGAAUGGUCUGUGCUGAUGGAGGCUCAAAACGUCAUUGAUGAGUUGCAAAUUAUGCAAGAGAUUUUCACCCAACAAAUUACUGUCAUGAGCGACUUUGAGAAGGCGCUACGAGGCCUGAGCCCGGAGCCACAUGAUGGGCUUAAACACGCUCUCGACCGAGCAGCUGACUUGAUACUCGACAUGAAGGUCAGGCGGGAUGAGCUCUCUAAUCUCGAACAGCGACAGGCAAACACUAGGAGCCAGCUCCGCGAACUUCUCGACAUGAAGCAGCAGCAGGCGGGUAUCAUCGAGGCGAAAGCGGCAAUCCGGAGAGCCGACGAGACUGUUGUCCAGGGAAGAUCUAUCGUGGUGUUCACAGUUGUCACCAUCUUCUUCCUACCUCUGUCCUUCUUCGCAGCCGUUUUCGGCAUGAACUCGGUAGAAUUCAACAACGGGACCAUGAAUUUGAGCACGCAGUUUCUGUGGAUGUUUGUGCUUUCCGGCAUCGUUACUGGCACAUCACUAGCAGUUGCGUUCAGUGCUUGGGCGAGGGCGGCGAUCGUCGGAGCGUUCGAGAGUGCCUUUGGCUACCUCGCUCGCCCCGUGAGGAAAAAGACGGAUAGCACCAACAAUCUCAGCGCCGCCUCCCCACGAGCCAUCCGCGAGUUCAUGAUAGCAAAGCAGAAGGAGUGGGAGGGCAAAAACAGUGACUAUGGGUCUUCCAGUGGCGCCUUACCGCUGCAUCGAGGUCAAGAGGGCAGGGCGGAGAGACCUGGCGUGGUUGCUCGGCUAUCAUCAGGGCUAUGGAAGCGCAAAUCUAGGUCGUAAUGUAUUUGUAAUGCAUAUCCAUGGAUGAUGCGACCUUCUCUAGUGUACAUGCAGGUGUGUCCCAAGAACGCCAAGAUAAAUGGAACCUGCC